GUUUCCACGCAGAAAAUAUAAAUUAGCCAUAGAGUAUUCAAAUCACGCAAUCAAAUUGCAAUCGUAUUCGAUCGAUCGAUUUACUUUAAUCUGUAUUCCACGUGCUUAUUCUUAAGAUGUUGUUAGCCGGUAGCCCUCUGUACGAAACCAUCGGCCCCGAUACCCUGGCCAAGUACAAAGGCGACCAGUACCUCAAAGGCUGGGCUGAGCUCUGGGACAAUGACACUCUUCCCUGGGAUAAGGGUUCUCCCAACCCAGCCCUCGAGGAUACCUUAAUCCAACAACGAUCGACGAUCGGGGGUCCACUUGUCCAUGCACAGGACAAGACGUAUAGAAAAAAGGCCCUGGUGCCAGGCUGUGGAAGAGGAUUUGAUGUUCUCCUUCUGGCCAGCUUUGGCUAUGAUGCCUAUGGUCUUGAAUAUAGUGCUGCCGGAGUGGAGGCUUGCAAGUCGGAGCAGGCGAUUAAUGGGCACAGAUAUCCUGUUCGAGAUCCAGAGGUUGGUCAGGGAGAAAUUAUCUUUGUGCAGGGUGAUUUCUUCCAGAAUGACUGGUUGGAGAAAUUGAACCUAUCGUUCAAUCAAUUUGAUUUGAUUUAUGAUUAUUCGUUCCUUUGCGCAUUGAGUCCAUCGAUGCGUCCAAUGUGGGCUCUCCGACACACUCAGCUUCUCACCUCCUCGCCUGUUGGCAAUCUGAUCUGCCUCGAAUUUCCAAGGCACAAAGAUCCCUUGAAGCCGGGCCCGCCAUACGGAUUAUCCUCGGAGGCAUACAUGGAACAUCUGAGCCACCCGGGCGAAGAUAUUCCCUAUGACUCCCAGGGCUUCGCCAAAAACAAUCCUCUCAGAGAAUCAAGUGAGCGCGGUCUUGAGCGAGUCGCACAUUUUCAGCCGGCUCGGACGCAUGCAAAUGGGAAAGAUGAACAGGGAGUGAUCCAAGAUCGCGUGUCGGUGUGGCGUCGACGCAAUUAGAUCGUAAUAUCGUCACUCGCUGGAAAAUCCAUUGGAAUUAUCUUCUGAAAGACAAUCUCUGUAUAUCUUUGAGAUUUAUUAAGGUUUCUUCACAAGGGCAUUGUAAUGUUCCCCAAGCCCGUAGGUAUGUCUGUAGUAUGCCAGCCAAAACACCCUCUUUUGCCUCUCUUCUUCUUCGAAUUCCUCGAUGUCACCAGCCUCAAUCUUUUCGAUUCUACCAUCUCCUUGGAUGACGUUGAAGUUGACACCGUAUGCUCUCGAAAUCGCAAGUAGUUCCAAUUGGCCUCCCCAUUCUGCCGUAAGCUUGAUUUUCCGAGUAUAUUGAUCAAAUGGUUCUUCCAUAAACGCCUCAAAAUCGUCCUUGUGCUCAACGAUAAAAUCUGCCGCCACUGCUCGGACCGCCCGAUAUCC